AUGACCGUGGCGGCGCUCGUUCUGGCCGCCGCCGCCGCCGUGGCCGUGGCCGCCGCUGACGACGCGCAGAGCUAUCCACCGCCAGAUGUGUACCGCUUCCAUGUGGUGAGCCACGUGCGGAACCGGUACGCCAAGACAGUGGUGACCAGCAGGGUGGCCAACACAGCCAACGUGUCCAGAGAAAUCAGCUUCGACGCCGUCCUGCCGGAGACUGCCUUCAUAUCGGGAUUCGUCAUAGAGAUGGACGGCAAGGCGUACGAGGCGUACGUGAAGGGGAAGGAGGAGGCGCGCGAGGAGUACCAGCAGGCCGUGCAGGCCGGGCAGGGCGCCGCGCACGUGCAGCUCAGUGCGAGAGAUUCAAACGUGGUGUCCGUGUCGGUUAACGUGGAAGCACAGAAGAAGGUGACCUUCAACUUGACGUACGAGGAGCUGCUGCAGAGGGAACUGGGCGCCUACCACCUACGCAUCAACCUUAAUCCCGGACAGAUCGUGAACGAUUUAUUGGUGGAAGUGCACAUCAACGAGACGAGCGAUAUCACUCUGCUUGAAGUCCCCAGCUUGCAGCAGAGCAACGACGUCUCAGAGGAAGAGAAUUCUACUAACCCUCUGGCGCACACGGAGAGGCCUUCGCCCACGACAGCCGUGGUGCGGUGGUCUCCCAGCAGGGAGGAGCAGGCGGCGCUGAGGGCGGAGGGCGUGCAGGGGCAGCUGCUGGUGCGCUACGACGUCGACCACGCCGCCAACAACAACCAGAUACUCGUGACUGAUGAUGGAUACUUCGUGCACUUCUACUCACCACCAGACCUGCCACCGCUGGAAAAGUACAUCGUGUUCGUGCUGGACGUGAGCGGCUCGAUGAACGGUCACAAGAUAGACCAGCUGAGGCAGGCCAUGGUCUCCAUCCUUGAUGAGCUGAGUCCAAGCGACAACUUCACGCUCAUCGUAUUCUCCUCUGGUUCGUGGGUGUGGUGGCCAGAUUCCAGCAUCUAUACAUUCUGGUAUGACUCGCCCUAUGGACCAGAAAAUGAUACUGAUGCUGUCGUACCUGCAACUCCAGCAAAUGUUGCCAGAGCCAAAGAGUUUGUGAGCGGUCUCGGUGCUGGAGGAGGAACAGCGAUGCACGCAGCGCUGGACAUAGCACUACGCGUAUCCAAGGCGGCCAGAUCGCGUCAAGACAUGCCACUUGUGAUGGUGCUGCUGACGGAUGGACUGCCCAAUGGGGCGCCAGAAGAAAUCUUGCAGGACUACACCGCGGCCAACGUGGAGCGGGGAGCAGCACUGUUUACGUUGGCGUUCGGUGAAGAUGCGGACUUCACGUUCCUCAGGAGGUUAGCGUUGCGCAACGGAGGCUUCGGCAGGCGCAUCUACGAGGCAGCGGACGCCCACCUGCAGCUGCGCAACUUCUACCGGCAGGUCGCGUCGCCACUCCUCUCCAGCGUCAAUUUCACAUACGGGGAUGGACAGGUGGAGAAGGAGACCCUGACGCGGACAAGGUUCCCGACGCUGUUCCGCGGCAGCGAGCUGGUGGUGUCUGGUAGACUGCAGCCUGCAGCGCCACUGCUGGAGCCCGUGGUGGUGGGGGAGGGCCGCCAGCGCUACAGGUCACCUGCCAGGCUGGAGAAGGCCUCCUCUGGGGAGCGCCUCUGGGCCUUCCUCACUGUGCGACAGCUGCUGGACAUGGACGCCGCCAGCCCCAACCAGACACUCAAGGACAGGGCCAAGGAAGUCGCUCUGAAGGUGAGUGUGCUGCAGAGAGCCUGUAUUUAG